AUGUCGGAUUCAUUCAUCUCAGGAGCUCUAGCAGGAACCCUAACAGACCUCCUCCUCCACCCCAUCGACACCAUCAAAACCCGACUUCAAUCCCCUUCCCCAUCCACCUCCCCAUAUAGUGUCCGCGGCGUCUUCAAAGGCAUAGGUCCAGUCGUGUGUGCCGGCGCGCCCUCGGCCGGCAUAUUCUUCCUCACCUACGACACCCUAAAACGACUCCUCGAACGCACAACCGGGAAAAAGGGAGCAGGAGUCCAUUUGGCAGCGAGUUCCGUCGCCGAAGCCGUGUCGUGCCUCGUCCGUGUCCCCUUCGAGCUAGUCAAACAAAACGCCCAAAUAAACCCCGACGCCUCCUCCGACUCCUCCCUCAAAACCGGCGAAAAGCUCAUCCAAAAAGGCGGGGUACGCGCAAUCUGGAAAGGCUACUCAAGCUUAGUAGCCCGCAACAUCCCUUUCACAAUCCUCCACUUCCCCCUCUACGAACACCUCCGCACUACCCUUCAUCUCCCACCCUCCCUCGCUGGGGCAAUAUCCGGUGCGACCGCUGCCCUCCUCACGACUCCAAUCGACGUCAUCAAAACUCGAAUCAUGGUGAGUGAGAAGAAGGAUGGGGUGGGGAUGUGGGAGGUUGUGAGGGGGAUGAGGGGGGGUGAGAUGUGGAGGGGGGGUGGGGUGAGGGUCGUGGUCGCGGGGGUUGGGGCUGGGGUAUAUUUGGGGGGGUAUGAGGCUGUGAAGGCGGUUUUGGGGCAAAAAUGA